UGCUGGCUGAGGCUUGCUUGGAGCCCACUGUGUUUUUCUGGUCCUGUCUCCCAUCGUGGGGCUGGAGCUGCCUUUGAAGUGCAGGUGCUGUAAACAGCUGCUGCGGGCACACCGCAAUGCUCACACAGCACAGCAAUGCUUCCUUGCUCCUCUACUCCUCUCGGAACAGAACGAGGCAGGAUGCCUGCAGGGCAGAGGCAGAUGCAGCUGCUGGCAGAACGCUCCCUCCCCCCACCUUUGUCACGGAGGUGGGAACCCCCGCCAGGCACCCAAACCCUGAGUCUCUCUCAAAGGAUCUGCAGGUUUAGGCAUCUUUGUUCAUCUGCAGGCUCCUCCCUAGCCCUCCAGCCACCUCAGAACUUUUCAAAAGUCCCAGAGGAGGAGAGAGGCCUCUGGUGGAGUCUGUAGACCUGCGAUUCAGGUCUGUCUCCAAGGGACAUAAAAGGGGAGCCGUGUGUGAAACUCAGAAGAAAGCUGUGAUGUCACCUUGCCCUCCCUCUUCAAGUCCUUCUGAAGCUUGCCUGUUGUGUGGCUGUCCUCCGGAGGAAAACUAAAACCAAAACCAAACCAACCAACCAAACAAACAAAAAGGCCACCACUCAGGACAAAGGGCUAGUUCCGCCAGGAAGAACCCUGCAAAAUGCCAGCCCACCCUGAGCCAGACCCCUGGAGGCCCCUGGGUUCCCCAGGAUCUGACAUGAACCUGGCAUCAAAGCCUCCCUCUUGGAGAACCGGCUCGCAUGCUCAGCCUCGCAUGCAGCUCUCAACCUUUCUGAGCCCAGACUCUCCAUCCAGAAAAUGAGGGUUUGAUGAUUCUGUCGGCCUUCGGAUGAUACCUCAGUGUACCACAAGAAAAAUCAGAAGCGAUUCACCAAAAUCAGUUAAGAAAUUCGCUCUGAUUCUGAAAGUAUUGUCCAUGAUUUAUAAAUUAAUACAGAGCGACACUUAUGCAACCAAGAGGUAAAUAUAUUAUUCUGACAAAUUCAUCUUCAAAAAAUGCAAUGAAGUGGGGGAUUUAGUUAAAUUAACUUUUUUACUUUUAAAUUUAAUGUGUAUGGGUGUUUUGCCUGCAUGCCUGCCUGUGCACCACGUGUAUUGCUGGUAUCUGAAGGAGCCAGAAGAUGGUGUCAGUUCCCCUGGAACAAGAGUUACAGAUAUUUGUGAGCUACUAUCUGGGAACUGGGAAUUGAACCCAGGUCCUGUGGAAGAGCCCCCAGUGCUCUUAACCACUGAGCCAUCCCUCCAGUACCCAUUACCUUUUAAAACAUGCUGUGAACAGGCCACGAAGCUGGGAGCCCGGGCACUACGCUGCUUCCCUUGUGCGGUGUGUUUCCUGCGGUAUGUGUUCUCUGCCGUGGUCUGUGUUUGUCACCGUCCAGGAGCAAUGCUCAUUCUGUGUUGACCUUGCAUCUGCAUAGAGACAUAUACUACACUGACAGCCAGCUCUUUGGGAACCAGGCUGCGGUGGACAGCGCCAUCGAUGACAUUUCCUGUAUGCUGAAAGUGCCCAGGAGGAGUCUGCACGUGAUUCUGGUCUAAGCUAAAAUACAAGUAUCUUAACAGCUAUCUACUUCCAAGGGAUUGAUUGCUGGCAACUUGAGAUACAUGGAGGAAGAUGGUACCAGAGUCCAGUGUACCUGUAGUGCCACGGCUACUGCUGUGCCGACUAACAUUCAAGGAAUGCAGCAUCUGAUCACAGAUGCGAAGUUUCUGUUAAUAGUCGAGAAGGAUGCAACAUUUCAGCGGCUCCUGGACGACAACUUCUGCAGCAGGAUGUCCCCGUGCAUCAUGGUUACGGGAAAGGGCGUUCCAGAUCUGAACACGAGGCUCUUGGUAAAGAAGCUGUGGGACACCUUUCAUAUUCCUGUUUUCACACUGGUCGAUGCAGAUCCCUACGGCAUCGAGAUAAUGUGCAUCUAUAAGUACGGAUCCAUGUCCAUGUCUUUUGAAGCUCACAAUCUCACUAUCCCAACAAUCAGAUGGCUUGGUCUCCUCCCUUCUGAUAUCCAGAGGUUAAAUAUACCUAAGGAUAGUUUGAUCCCACUGACAAAGCAUGACCAGAUGAAGCUGGACAGCAUCCUGAAGAGGCCUUACAUUACCUACCAGCCCCUCUGGAAAAAAGAGCUGGAGAUGAUGGCAGACUCUAAGAUGAAGGCAGAGAUCCAAGCCUUGACCUUGCUGUCGUCAGACUACCUGUCCAGAGUGUACUUACCCAACAAGCUGAGGUUUGGAGGAUGGAUCUAAAAUCACAGCAGGGAACGUGGACCACCAGGCUUUCUGUUGGCCUGCUUGAAUUACAAACACUGGGUGAAGGAGUAUCUAGUCUUAGGUAUGCAAUGGUAAAAGUAAUUUUACAUUAACAUAUUUUUGUCAAAGCAAACUUCAUAGUGCUCUAAAAGGUUUGAUCUUCUGUAAAGACAGAUUCUUAUUCUAUGUUCUACAGUGAUUACAAAAUUAUUUAAUUUAAAAUUUUUAUUAGAAAAACUGUUACAUAUUCUAAAAGUCUAUAAAAAUAUUUACUUCUUGCAACAUAGCUAGUGUAGCAUGAAGUGUCUCACUAGCAACAAAGAAAAACAGCAAGCGAACCUUGAGAGGUUGCGAAGGAAUCACAAGGUAUUUUCCUCUAGUACUUUCUUUUGCCUCAUGGUAUAGGUGCCUUGCCCUGUUAAUGUACCUGUGAAACUAGUAAAGCUUGUUAUAAACAAAUAGUCACACUG